AUGCCACAACGCUUCCUCGGAAAUAGGAUCAGUUCAUACGGCGGUGAGCUAGCUUUCGAUGUACAGCAUUCGUGCUCAGGACAGUUAUCGCAAGAGCCGCUUGUCAUCAUCAAGGGUAACAAGAUUACACUCAUCCAUCGUCCACGUGAUAGUAGUCAAUUGGCAGCACCGGACAGAAGCAAUCGUGUUACUGUUGAUACCUAUGAGACCAAUUUCGAGCAUGAAAAUGGACGUCCAGCAAGUCGAGAAGAUCUCGUAAUGGUCUUGGCCGAUUUGAGCUCAUUAAUGAUUCGAGCCACUCACUGUGAUGAUCAACGAUCAACUAGUUUGGGAGACGUAAGCUGGGAGAUUGCUGUCGAUCGUGACACUCAAGACAGACUCGCACUUGAAGUGGAGCAGUGCUCUUGUCCUCCAGGUUAUACUGGCCUUUCAUGUGAAGAGUGCGCACCCGGUUACGAACGAUCCGGUCAUGGUCCAUACCUUGGCACAUGCGUUCCAGCUCGAGGUGCUCCACAGUGUUCGGCAGCUGGUGCGGUUAGUGUGCAACCAUCAUACGGUGGUGUUUGUCAGUGUAAAGCGUACGCAAUCGGAGCACAAUGUGACCAGUGUCCUCCGAACAGUUUCCACAUGUCAGCUGAGAAUCCACAAGGAUGCAUUCCGUGCUUCUGCUCUGGAGUCACCCAACAGUGCUCACAAUCAGGCUACUCAAGAGCCACAAUUGAAAUCAACUAUAUGCAAGGUUCAGCCGAUCAACUUGAGGUCACCACAAGCGAUAUACAUGCACCAUUCCAGCCACAAUCUCGCCCACAGCUGACUGGUCGCGAAAUCUCCUAUUCAUCGUUCUACGAAACACCCGGACAAACACUCUACUGGAAGAUGCCUGCGCCGUUCCUCGGCAACAAGGUCACCAGUUACGGUGGCACACUCAAAUAUGUGUUCAGAUAUUCUGGUGCUGGAUCACUCAACGGCGAUCCCGAUGUCAUCAUUCGCGGAAACGAUAUCAUGCUCUCAUACAAGAAUCCACAACCGACUCAUGCAGAUCGUGAGAACGUUGUCGAGGUGAAACUAUUCGAAAACCAUUGGACCCGUAUCGAUGGACAGCCGGCAACACGUGAACAUCUUUUGAUGGCGCUCUCAGAUCUGGAUCACAUACUGAUCAAGAUGAAUUAUUUGGAUGAUUGUUCGAUGUCAUCGCUGAUCAGCGUAUCGCUAGAACAUGCUGAACCACAACAGACUGGCAAUCGUAUGGCGUAUGAAGUGGAACAAUGCGUGUGUCCACCUGGCUAUAUGGGAACAUCAUGCGAGGACUGUGCACCAGGCUAUUCAAGAGUCUCGGGAGGCCUCUAUUUGGGUCUUUGUGAACGCUGCGAAUGCCACGGACAUGCCACACAAUGCGAUAAGGAACAUGGCUUCUGUAUUGACUGUCAACACAACACUGAAGGAGAUCAAUGUGAACGAUGCAAACCCGGUUUUUCGGGUGAUGCACGACGUGGUACUCCACACGAUUGUCAACCGGCUGCGACACGACCACCUUGCAAUUGCAACAAUCACUCGCCAAGAGGAUGUGAUUCGUUCGGAAGAUGCUUGAUGUGCGAACAUAGUACUGAAGGAAUUCACUGCGAACAGUGCAAGAAAGGAUAUUACGGUGAUGCUACUCGUGGCACUCCCUAUGAUUGCACACCAUGUCCAUGCCCUGCUGCAUCGGAUUGUUUCUUGGAUCCGUAUGGUCAAGUUCAGUGCCGUAACUGCCCUGCUGGAUUCAGCGGACGACUUUGCGACGAAUGCGCACCGGGAUAUACACGUUCACGAACACACGGCGGACGCGAAUGUGAGCCGAUUGGUCACGUGGGACCAUCAGACGUCGUAUUUGUGCCUACACCAGAAGGUGAUAAUACUAAUAAUCGUAGAAACGUCCGUCGCAAUCGACGUCGCAGAUAUCGCGUUGUGCGACGUCGUUCUUCUCAUCGUCAUUAG